CACACUCCUGUUGCCUCCUCCACACUCUCCAUUAUUAUUACUUAAUUCAUAAUGGGGAGCACAAACGGCGUGGAGCUCAAAUAUCUGAUAAUAACGAUUACAAUAAUCGUGUUGGUUUCUACUCCUGCUUUUUGUUGGUCGUCUGAUGAUGACGGAUUGGUGAGGAUCGGGCUGAGGAAGGUGAAGUUGGAUGAGAACAACCGGCAGGCGGCCCGGCUGGACCGGUCGGAGGAAGGGGAGGAGCUAAGAAGCACGAUGAGGAAGUAUGCCGGCAUCCGAGGAGCUAGCGGAGGUGGUGGUGGUGGUGGUGACAUAGUGGGGUUGAAGAAUUUCAUGGAUGCUCAGUACUAUGGGGACAUUGGAGUCGGGACUCCACCACAGGAAUUCACUGUCGUUUUCGACACUGGUAGCUCCAAUCUCUGGGUUCCAUCUUCCAAAUGCCAUUUUUCUCUUGCAUGCAUGGUGCAUUCCAAAUACAAAUCAGACAAAUCAAGUACCUACAAGAAGAAUGGAAAGUCAGCUGAAAUUCAAUACGGGUCUGGAUCGAUCUCCGGGUUCUUCAGUGAGGACAGUGUCAAUGUUGGAGAGUUAGUCAUCAAGGGUCAGGAAUUCAUCGAGGCGACGAGCGAGCCAAGUCUCUCAUUCGUAAUGGCCAAGUUUGACGGCAUUUUGGGACUUGGGUUUAAGGAGAUUUCACAGGGUAAUUCGACCCCUGUAUGGUACAAAAUGGUCGAAGAAGGUCUAGUUAAGGAGCCAGUGUUCUCAUUCUGGCUUAACCGGAACAUAAAAGAACAGGAGGGUGGCGAGCUUGUGUUCGGAGGAGUUGAUCCGAAACACUUCAAGGGUCAACAUACAUAUGUCCCGGUGACAAAGAAAGGAUACUGGCAGUUCGACAUGGGAGAUGUUCUCAUCGGUGGUAAAGCCACUGGCUUUUGUCGCGGUGGAUGCUCAGCCAUAGCUGAUUCCGGGACUUCGCUCUUCACUGGCCCUACGGAAGUAAUCUCUAAGAUCAACCAAGCCAUAGGAGCCUCUGCAGUUUUACGGCAAGAGUGCAAGUCGUUGGUCGAACAAUAUGGCCCGGUCAUCAUGGAUCUUCUUCUCGCAGAGGUUCAACCGAAGAAGAUAUGCUCCCAGCUCGAGCUAUGCACGUUCGAUGGAACCCGGGGUGUGAGUGGGGAUAUUGAGAGUGUUACGGAUGAGCAAGACACCAGAUCGGCUGCGAUGUGCCCUGCGUGCGAAAUGGCUGUUGGGUGGAUGGCAAAGAAACUCAGGGAAAACAUGACUCAGGUUGAGAUUUUGGGUCAUGUCGAAGAGCUUUGUGAUCGACUGCCUAACCGUCUUGGAGAAUCAACCGUAGAUUGUGCCAACAUUCCUCGAAUGCCUACUGUUUCCUUCACAAUAGGUGGAAAAGUCUUUGAGUUGUCCCCAAAGGAGUACAUACUAAAGGUGGAGGAAGGUUCACAAGCACAAUGUAUCAGUGGUUUCACUCCUAUGGAUGUCCCUCCUCCUCUAGGACCUAUUUGGAUCUUGGGGGAUAUGUUCAUGGGACGAUACCACACAGUGUUCGACUACGGAAAACUCAGAGUGGGUUUUACUGAAGCAGCUUAGAUGAACCACUCAGCCUUGUUAUUGCUAUAAUGUACUUUUUCUGACUAUCUGUUAGCAACUGUGUGGUUAAAAGAAAGAUGGUGGUGUUGUCUGUUCUAGCGAGGCUAUGUAAAUGAAUCUAAUAUAUCAAGUAUCUGUUUAAACAAUA